UUCCUGUAACAGCCGUGUUGUACCUAUGAUGAUGUCACUUUAUAACAACGCACUCUUUAGUUGGUUCACUGCACACCUUUGUGCAUGGUGGAACCAGAAAAAGCCUCACAUCCACGGAAAAGUCAAGCCAGGAUUUGAACCCGUUGCCAAGCUGUUCAGUGACAAUUUCAAAACUGGUCUUGAAAGCUGUACAGGUGGUUCUGCCUUCAGUGUGUACCACAAUGGGUUGAAGGUUGUUGACCUUUGGGGUGGUUUUGCCGACACUGAUGUCCGACAAUUCUGGAAGGAAGACACUAUGACCGUCGCAUUUUCAGCUACAAAAGGUAUGGCAGCCUUGUGUAUGCUUAUGCUAAUAGAUCGAGGGUUACUGGACUAUGAAAACACUGUGGCAUUUUACUGGCCAGAAUUUGCACAAAAUGGAAAGAAGAAUAUCACUGUACGAAUGCUUCUUAACCACGAGGCUGGCUUGGCUUCAACCACUCGACCAAUCAGCCAAAAGCUCCUGAAGGACCAUGAUGCAUUAGGGCAGAUCUUAGCAGAGUCUCCACCGCAGUGGGUACCAGGCACAGCCCAUGGUUACCAUGCAUUCACAUUUGGUCUUUACUGCAGUCAGUUAUUGAGACGUGUGGAUCCUAAGCACCGUACUCUAGGUCAGUUCUUCAGAGAAGAAGUUGCGGAGCCGUUUGAUAUUGAUUUUCACAUCGGACUUCCAUUGGAACUGAACUACAGAGUGGCAAGAUUGACCGGAGCUCUAGACAAUCCUCUCAAACUGAUCUCCAUUCUUAGUGAUUCCACAUCUUGGUGUUUUGCUUGGAUGUUUGUCACGGGUCGUACUAUUAUCAGUGAAGUCCUCCACAAAUCUACUGAUCUAGUUAAGUUCCGUAAGCUGAUACAACCAGAAGCAAGAGCGCUUGAAAACCCUUCCGCCUCUGGAAUUGGAACAGCCCGAGCCAUUGCAAAAGUGUAUGGGAUAUUGGCCAAUGGUGGCCAGACUCUGCAAGGUCAAAGGUUACUUUCGGAAGGUAUGGUGGGAAGGAUUUUCAGCGAAGCAAGAUCCCCAACCAAGGAUAAGUUUUUUUGUGUGAAAAGCUCUUUCUCAACUGGGUUCUUCUUGACUGUCUUUGAGGGCAACAAGCAAUUUGGUCAUCCAGGAGCAGGGGGGCAGCAGUGUUUAGCUGAUCCCAAACAAAACCUCGGCAUAGCGUACCUGUCCAGUCAUUUCUCUCCCUUUGGUCUUGGUAACGACCCACGCUAUCUUUCAAUACAGAAGGAAACAUAUAAAUGUGUUACAGAUCUUGAGGCCAAUUUUUCUGGUAUUCUGUCUGAACAGAAAUCUGUGUAAGAUCUUUGUCUGAUGCAUGGUUGUAAAAUGUAUAAAGAAACUAAGACAUACAAGUGUCACAUAUCUUAAGGCCAAUAAAAAAAAUAUCAUUUCCCAUCAUUCUGUUGGGACAGCAACUUGAAGACCUUACUAGUGCUCAUUUCAAGUCAGCUUUUGGCAAGCUCCCUGUUAAGUAUUGUAAAAACAACUAAUUUCUUAUGAUGAUGAUGUACGGGUGGACCGAAGUCAGAGAUCUAUUAGUGGAGAAUUUGUAAUCAAUAGUGUCCAUCCAUCAAAUAUUAUAUCAUUGUUUAUCUUGUACAUUAGUUUAAUAAAAAGCAACUCAAGACAUUAACCUAAGUGAUGUGUUACUCGGUGGAUAUGCAUAGACUAAGUGGGAAUUGAGACAAAUCUAAUCUGAACUUUUAUUAAAGAGACUCAAAGGAAAACAAAAAAUAACUUUAUAUUAGUUUAAGAUUUUAUCAAAAUACUUGGAAUACUUUUAUUUUAGUUCAUUUGUGUGAUUUGUUUGUAUUUUAUCAAAUGCCAUGUCAGACUAUGGGCAGGGAUGCAUUCAGUAUGUAAGUGAUUAAAUGACUGGCGUUUUCAGGGGUUGUAUAUGAAGGCAAGGACCUAUAGGCUCUACCAAUCAUUUAAAGAAAGACUAUGCCAUGAAACCCUGGGGUUCAUCAAUGUCAAUGCAAUAAAUAAAUCCAUUUUUUAUCAAAUUAGUGUCAAGGAAAACUUUAUUUGCAUUAAGUUGAUCAGCAAUAACUGAAUAUAAGUCUAUGUGUAUGCCCGAGGUUUUCAAGGCUAUUUAGUGUUUGUUUUAGGCUCACUAUUGCUGCCUGCAAACAUUGCACUAGUUGUGCAACCCUUCUGGUAGGUAAUAAUUAAAAAUGAACCCAACCCAGUUUGAUGAACAUUGACUGUGUCUGAUCAUUAUUUUAAAUUUGAAUAAAUUUUGCCCUCAGUAAAUAAGUUGUAUUAUUCUUCUUUAACACAAUAAUUUAUUGAUGAGAUAAAUAAAUAUAUCGAGGUGUAUUUUUUA